AAUUAGUUCCUUUGGCGCUAACUUUUCAUUUUGGUAAGGGCAACAUCUCCGCAAAAAAGUUUGGCAGUCCACCACGAGUGAACGAGGACUGCCACGUCCUUUAAUACUAGUUGUACUAUCACUAUGUUGGGUAGGCGAAGGUAGAACACGUGAAAGAAUGCCACCAAAAGAAGCGAAAGUUCACCCGGCGGCGGUGCCGCCGCUCGUAGUCUUCGUUAUCAAUGCGAAGACAGGAGCUACCGUCUGGGCGGAAAUCAGCACAAAAGUGCUCGUUGCGAGGUUGAAAAGGUAGGAAAUUAUGAUCAACAUGUUGUCUUUGUCAUUUUUAGUUGAGUGCCCACGAUGUUGAGAGAUGAAAUAUUCCAUUAAGUACCCUCGAGUUCGGAUGAAACUGACGAUUAGAUUUAAUCUUCUCAAAACUCAACAAUUCUCAGAGUGGUCGAGCUGCAAACCGGCAUUCCUCCGAAGGAUAUGAUGUUGGUAAACAAAGGCGAAGCUUUGAUCGACGACAAGCUCUUAUGGCUAGUUUUUGAGUUGAAAAAGCACUGCAUUACCAGUAUUCGAAUUUAUUAAGAUUAAGGGGCAGGGGAGCACCGCGCGCAGCUUACAAGAAGCAGCCGGGGGCAGACCUCAGAGCAAGAGGAGCGCAGCUAAGUGACGCAGAAGACAGGAGCCUCUUGGCACAAGUAGCAAGGCAAAAGCCUGAGCUUCGUAGCUCAUCAUCAGGAACAACAGGAACAGCCGAGAAACCACUAACAAUCCAACAACAGGAUAGACUAGCGGGUAGAACUCGCCUGGGAAAUCUUCGGCAGCUCGCCGAAUAGAUUCAAAUCGUCAAGUCUUGAACCUCGGCAUAGAAGUAGAAGAUACUUUUGCUUCAAUGACUUCGUUCCAAGAGCGUCAUCACAGAAACAAAGGUAGUAGCAUGAAGAUGACUCAACGCCUCGUCUAAAUUAGAUCGGAGACAGCAGAAUAGAUCCGUUCUCGACGAUUAUGAUGUUGGAUGGCCGUGAUAUUCCGGAAAAUCCAGGUGGCGACGAGGAGGCUGCUGCUGAAGAGAAGAAGUAGAAGUAGCAACGGCGAGUCGUUAUCGCAACGUCGAAUCAACAUGAAGCGCUGCGACUGUCGCCCGUUAUAAACAACUGAGUGUCCUCCUCUUUCAACUGCCAACUUUGACUUUUAACUUUUUGACCAUCACCGAACGUUUGAUUGCCAUUAACUCACGCGAUAUGCGAAUGCAUGGAUAUUGAAUGAAAAGGCUUAGGCUUGUGCGUGUCAUCGUCUAUGUCUAUGAUGUAGUCUGAUUAAGAAAAUCCCCGUUUUGCUUCACUAUCAUGAUAUACUCGAAGGAUAAAGAACGAGAACCACGACCAUAGCACCUGACCGAUGAAAGAUCGGUGAUCCAGAAAAGGUAGGUUGGAACGUGUCAACACUUUCUUCAAAGUACUUAAAACAUGUUUUCGUUGUGCGAAGAAUCUAUUGUUUUCGUUGUGC